GCGUGUACUUGUGCUACAUAUCACAUGACCCAUCUGUUCCUUGUAGAACAGGAAGCAAACGGAAAGACGAUAUAAAAGGGAAGAAAAGUUUCCCGUAAGCGGCAGUGGGAACGCCGCUAUCAACCAGCAAACAUGGGGUACAUCUACCCCAUACUUGUGUAUGUAACUCUGCGUAUAAUCGUCGUCAUAAGCUCCUCGUCUGAUGUCGACAACGCAUCUUCGGCUAUGUAUAGCGUUGGCGAUCCACAAAGGUGUCUGCAGAGAAGCUUGAACAAAAACGUUAUACGUUAUGAAGUACUGCCAGGAGGCGGAUGGGACAACUUACGAAACAGACAUGGCGGUCAAGUGAUCUAUUAUAACUACAGUCUUUGUCAAACUACAGACGAUGGACACUAUUUGUUACCAGACGGAAUCUACACUGUGCCUUUAAAGCAAAGCAAACUGGAAACAUUCGCCGAGCUGUUUACACAUUGGCAGAAUUACACGUCUACAACAUCUAGCACGGUCAACGCUGAGGCUGGUUUCCAUAUUGGACAUUUUGGCAUCGGAGGGUCCUAUUCGCAUGAGACGGAAAGUGUUCGUUCUCGACAAAUGAUGGACAAAUCCAUAACCACCAGAGUUCAAAUGAGGUAUGUUCGAUAUUCUGCCAAACUGCAACCCGACACGACUUUUAAUCCGAAAUUCAAAACAAGGUUGCUGACAAUUGCAGCACUGAUAGCAAAAAACGAAACAAACAUGGCCCGUUACGAGAGCCAGCUUCUUGUCAGGGACUUCGGCACCCACGUUAUCACCAGUGUAGAUGCCGGGGCAGCGCUUGUCCAACAAGACGAGAUAAAAACCACAUAUGCUCGUUCGUACAGCAUGGACAAGAGUAAAGUCCUGGCCUCCGCAAGUGCUUCAUUCGGCAGUGUUUUUAGUAUCAAGACAGGCUACAAACACUCGACGUCGAAUGAAAUGAUCGACCAGUAUCUUGGUAACAGAACACAUUCUGAAACAGAUACCAUUGGUGGGUCAGUGUUCCAACCACAGAACUUUAGUCUGAAUGACUGGGCCGAAAGCGUCGCAGAGAAUUUAGUGGCCGUCGAUCGAGCGGGAGAUCCACUGCACUUCGUCAUCACUCCAAUGGGCCUACCGGAGUUACCGUCGUCUGUAGUCUACGACCUUAUCAUGCAUGUAAGAGACGCCAUUAAUUUGUACUACAAACAUAACAUUUACAAGGGAUGUACCAAUGCUGACUCCCCCAAUUUUAGUUUCCAAGCCAACGUCGACGACGGAAGUUGUCACAGUCUUUCGAACAACUACACGUUUGGUGGAGUGUACCAGAAAUGCUCCAUGUCAGGAAAUAUCCGGUCUGACACUUGUGCUGAUCUCCGACAGUUGAAUCCUUUGACAGGUGAAUACUCUUGUCCCGCCAACUAUGAGGAAGUACUCGUCGACAAAGGAAGGAAGCGUACGCCAAAUACAGUACGUCGAUGCCAUAGCUGUGGAUUUCUAGGGUGGUCAACAUGUUGUGGAGAUUACGCGGCCUCCCAAACAGCGUCAUACACAGGAUUUUGGUGUGUAGCUACAGGCAAAGUCUCGGCCGACUCUGGCUUCCUGUUUGGUGGACUGUACACAAGCACCAUAGGAAAUCCUUUGACGCGUGGCCGUUACUGUCCUCCAUACUUCUACGCGUUGAAAGUCAGUAGUAGCUUGCGAGUUUGCGUCAGUGAUGAUUACGAACUUGGCUACCGUUACUCUGUGCCUUUCGCGGGAUUCUUCAGUUGUAAAAUUGGCAAUCCUCUGAAGCUGACGUCAGACGAAGAAGAUAGACACAGACGUAGUAACACUGACAUGUUCGUUCUGGAAACUUUCCUGAAAAGUGCUGGGCCUUCUCAUUGGCCAAGAGGCUGCCCGACCGGUUACAGCGAGCAUAUGGCUGUGGUUGCCAAUGGAUGCGAAAUAUCCUACUGUAUCAAGGCAAACGCUUUGAGCGGUGAAGGACUGCCGACAAUCGUACGACCUCCUUUUAUGGAGAUUCCCAUUACUGGAUUUUCGGAUAAUUCAAGUGUCAUGAUCAGCGAGGACGGUUUGACAUGGACCGAUGUUGUCGAAAGUCGCAAUGGCUUCGAAACAGCCAGACAUACCGCUGACAGCGGUGUAGAAACCAACGACGGCGUUUUGUCACAUGGGGCAGUAGCCGCUAUCGCAAUAGUCGCAACGAUUGCGUUCAUGGCGUUUGUGUUACUCGUUGGCACGAAAGUCUGGAAAUGGCGCCGUCCCACGUCCGAAUAUCUCCGCCAACAAUCGGAUUAUCUAAUUCCAAACCGACACGUUGUGUAUGGAGCGUCCGAUGAACAUUCCGAAGUGCAGAUUGAAUCUUAAUAUGAAACCCUUAUUUUAAUGUUCAAGACUGGUACUAAGGUUUGUGGAUCGUGACAAAUUCCAGUGAAAGAAAUGUUACAUGUAUCAUUUACAUAUCGUAUAUCUUCAAACUGGAUCAUGUGACCAGCUCUAUUAUAGACUAUUCUAAUAAAAUAAAUUUGUGGUUAGAGACGAUCUGUGAAAAAAGACUACAUGAGUUCCUGAGGAUCGUCUCUAAAUACAGCUUUGAAUGUAUCAAAACCAACUCGACUUCUUCCAUUGUCUACUUUUAUAUUUGUAUAUCUAUUUAUGUGUCAUAUAGUCAGUGUGAAGUGUUGUACAUAUUUCCUGAUGUAAAUAAUGUAAAUCCACAUGCCGGGUAGACUAACACGAGAAUAAUAAUUACAUCAUGUUGGCAUACAGCCAUUUUAAACCUAACAAUUAUAAUCAACACUAAAUUUUGUGUGUUAUAAAUGCAUUUUUAUCAGGUUGUUAUUAGGAAAUCGAUUUUCAGAAGUUUGAGAUAAAUAUCAUAUUUCACUUCACAAGCAUGCCAUUAUAUUAGAUGUACGUACAGUACAGUAUAAUUAAUUGACGGGUUAUAAAACACAAUGUUAUCAUAACCUAAGAAAUAUUAAUUACAUGUACGAUGGUUUUCAUCAUUGCACACAAUGUUAUCGAUUAUUGAAAAAGGGAUCAGAUCCAAUUCAUCAAUUUUUUUAUCAUUUUUUUGUUUUUUGUAUAUAUUUUAGUUUUAUUAUGACCUUAAAUUGAAAAGUGCUUAUGUUUUUCGGUCACUUUAACAUUUUUGUUAACGCAAUAUUGAUUAUAUACUUAUCAUUUAUACAUGCAAUUAUUUUUACAGAAAGAAUAAAGCUUUUAUUAACA